CUGAGUCCUCUGCCGUUACUCUGGGUCUGGAAGGGCUAGCUAAGAAAUCAAGGAUGAAGCUCCUUUUUUUGGCUGCCUUUGCACUCUUUGUGCUCUCUGACAAGGCUGACUCUUCAGCUUAUGACAAAAUAGUCGCCCACAGUCGCAUCAGGGCAAGAAAAGAAGGACCCAAUGUCUGUGCACUCCAGCAAGUCAUGGGGACCAAGAAGAAGUACUUUAGCACUUGUCGUAAUUGGUACCAAGGGGCCGUCUGUGGAAAGAAAGCGACUGUCCUUUAUGAAUGCUGCCCAGGCUAUAUGAAGCUGGAGGGCAUGCGUGGUUGCCCUGCAGUGGCCCCAAUUGACCAUGUGUAUGGUACCUUGGGCCUGGUGAAGGCCACUUCAACUCAAAAUUAUGCUGACAUUUCAAAGUUAAAGCCUGAGAUUGAGGGAUCUGGAUCCUACACCUUCUUUGCCCCGAGCAAUGAUGCCUGGGAGAAUUUGGAUGAGACAGUGAGGAGUGCACUCGUCAGCAAUGUGAACAUUGAACUGUACAACGCUCUGCAUUAUCACAUGGCCGACAAACGCUUCUUGACCAAAGAUUUAAGGAAUGGAAUGACAGUCACCUCCAUGUACAAUGAUCUCGGUCUCCACAUUAAUCAUUACUCCAAUGGGGUGGUGACUGUGAACUGUGCCAGGAUUAUCUAUGGCAACCAGGUUGCCACCAAUGGAGUUGUGCAUGUCAUUGACCGUGUUAUCAGCGCUGUUGGCAGGACAAUCCAGGAUGUCAUCGAGGUUGACGAUGACCUGACAACUCUGAGUGAUGUGGCUCUAAGCGCUGGAAUGUUGGAGAAGCUGGGUCAGCCAGGACAUUACACUCUCUUUGCCCCCACCAACGAAGCCUUUGAAAGUCUGGGAAUCGAUGUGUUGGAGAGACUUCAGAGCGACAAGGAGGUCAUCAAAGCUCUUCUUAAUUUCCAUCUCCUGGACUCAGUCCAGUGUGCCGAGGCCAUCUUAGCUGGCAGCUCUUAUGAGACUUUGGAAGGUAACAACAUUGAGAUCGGCUGUGAUGGUGAAAGCCUAACAGUAAACGGCAUCAAGAUGGUGCUUAAGAAGGACAUUGUCACUACCAAUGGUGUCAUCCACCUUAUUGACCAAGUGCUCAUGCCAGACUCAGCUAAGCAGGUGAUGGAACUGGUGGGAAGUUCCCAGUCAACCUUUGGUGACAUGGUGUCUGAGUUGGGCCUUUCUGCUUCCAUGAUGGCAGACGCUGAGUACACUUUGCUUGCUCCCCUCAAUGUUGCCUUCAAUGAUGAAGUGAUGUCCAUGGAUCAGAGGUUGCUCAGGAUUAUCCUGGAGAACCACAUCUUGAAGAAUAAGAUUGUCCUGGGACAGUUGUACAAUGGCCAGCGGCUGGAGACCAUUGGAGGAAAAUUCCUGAGAGUCUUCAUCUAUCGCACAGCUGUGUGCAUUGAGAAUUCCUGUCUGAUAAGAGGUAGUAAGGAAGGAAGCAACGGGGCCCUUCAUCUCAUGAAGACUUUCUUGAAACCGGCGGAAAAAACUAUGUUUGAGAUUCUGACAGAAAACGGAGGGUUUAAGAUCUUUUUGUCUCUUAUGGAAGCUGCUGACUUGACUGACCUGCUGAAACAGGAGGGAGACUUCACUUUGUUCGCUCCAAGCGAUAAGGCUUUUGCUGGUUUGAGCGAAAGGGAUUUUGACUUGUUGAAAGGUGACAUAAAUGCUCUUAGAACCAUCCUUCUCUAUCACAUAAAUAAUGGUAUCUUUAUUGGUGGUGGUUUGGAGACUGGGGUGACAAACCUUCUCAAGUCUCUCCAGGGCAGCAACCUCAAAGUGAUGUUUGCUAACAGCAGUAUGCAAGUGAAUUCUGUCCAAGUCCCUGAAUCUGAUAUCAUGGCCACAAAUGGAGUCGUUCACUUUGUCAACCAAGUCUUGUAUCCUGGAGAUAUCCCUGUUGGAAGCCAGGAUUUCCUCAUGCUAUUGAAGAGGAUCAUCACUUACAUGCAAAUUAAGUACAUUUCAGGAUUCAGAUAUCAGGAAAUCCCCCUUACAUUUAUGAAGAGGACCAUCACUCGUGUCGUUGAGAGAGUUCCUGAUGUAACCAAAGUGACAAGGGUUAUCCAAGGGGAGCCCACCAUCACCAAGGUUACCAGGGUCAUUGAAGGUCAACCCUCCAUCACCAAAGUCACCAGGGUUGUCUCAGGUCCUCAGUACUCAGAGAGCACUGGCACCUCCAACAUCAACCUGGAUGGAGCUGAAUUUUCUGAAGUUUCCACCAUUGAAGGGAACGCUGAUUUUGACUCUGAAAAACUUACAAAAAUGAUCCAAGUAGGCAGUACAAGAAGAACCGGUCCCCGAAGAGUUUUAGCUGGCAACAGGAGGAGGGUAAGAGACUGAGCAUGGACGUAUGAGGAGAUCAACAUUGAAAGGCAAAGAGAGACACCAAAACCAGAAGUUGAAACUGGUGUUUUAAAACAGGGGAUACACUUAAAAUGUCAGUGAUUUUAAAUAUACUGUAAUAGGUGUAACUGACAAAAAUAAAACAAUUCUCAUAAACAAUUUAAUGGUGCUUUGAAUGUAUAUCUAUUUUGAUUGUGCAAUGUCUGAAAGGAGCCUUUUAAUUCAACUUUUAAAUCGAAGCUGUUAAGUUAGUAAUAAAAACAUUCAAAUUCUAAACUUCUCUAUGUCUUUUCCAGAGGUGAAGGUUAAAGCAAGGAACCACGAUAAAGAUUGAAAAAUAAAUGAUGAUGUUUUUGGACUUAAACCAUUACAUACUUUUAUUUUCUCUUGCUGUAAGUAGUUUAAGGUUUUGUGUAAAUGUUGUCUAAGUUGGUAUCAUUUGGAAGUUAAUAAUGUAUCUAACUGCAAGUUUUCUCCUUUUUAUUCAUCUCCCAAUAAAGUGCAUUCUUUGAUAUAAAUAUGCCAAUUUCACAAGGGCAUCUGAAGAGAUUACAAAUGUUCUUGUAAGGCCCUGAAGUUGUCGACAUUGGUUCAAAAAAUCUAAAUAUUAUGUUUGCAUUGUCUAUUUUCAGUACAAGUUCUUUAAACUAGACUGAGUCAUCCUUUUCAAUGGCCCAGUCACUUUUCUGUAUGUUUAAAAGAGAGCUUGGCAGUCCACUUUUGGAAACUUCCAAGACGACAUUUUGUAAAAUAAACUGGGUUUAAUGUGCAAAACCAA